AUGGACAGACCAACUCAGAUUCACAAGGAUGACUGGGAGUUACAGCGGAUACUCUGGAUGGACAAUCAUCUCAAUGAGGUGCCAUCUCAUUCAACAACGGUCACGUACGGGACGAAGGUCGCACCAUUCUCAGCCGGACGGACCUUGUUACACGUAGCAGAAGACGAAGGACAUAGUUUCCCACUGGCUGUGCCAUCCAUCACUCAUGACAGGUAUGUCGAUGACAUAUUUGGUGGUGCAGAUACAAUACAACAAUUGCAGGAGGUCGCACAUCAACUAAGGGGCCUCUGCAUGGCGGGCGGCUUUCCGCUAGCAAAAUGGCAUGCAACUCAUCUUGACAUACUCAAGAUUGUCACCGACAGCGAAGACCAAGGCAUCCCAAUCACCUUCGACGAUUGCGCAACCAAGGUACUCGGACUCAAAUGGCUCCCUCAAGAAGUUACCUUUGCAUUCUCAACACGAAGCUCACGCUCGGAAGGCAGAUUCACAAAACGCCUCGUCUUAUCUGAAGUGGCUCAGAUACUCGAUCCACUUGGUUUUGCAUCACCCGUCGUGAUCAAAGCCAAAAUUCUCUUGCAGGAGCUGUGGCUGCACAAGCUCCAAUGGGAUGACCCACGGACAUCCCAGCUCUCAACCCGGUGGCUCAUCUACAGAGAAGAACUCACAAGCUCGACCGAGCUCUCGAUACCUAGAUGGUUUAACACCUGGAGCAACUCUUCUGUGGAACUGCAAGACUUCUCUGACGGUUCUCAAUUGACAAUGACUGCAGUCGUAUACAUCUCCGUUCACGACUCAACUGGAUCCACGUUUUCACUUGUGUGCUCCAAGACUAAGGUAGCACCCCUCAAGCGGCUCUCAAUCCCGCGACUGGAACUCACGGCGGUUCUACUGCUCUCUCGACUCAUGCAAUACGUCGAAGCCACUUUGAACAUGGACGUAACGGCAACCCAUAUGUGGACGGAAUCUCUAGUGACACUUUCAUGGAUCACCUCCGUGAAAGGUUCAUGGAUCAGAUCUCAGGCAUCACGCUGGAAGGAUGUUGUCAGGAACAGGGUGGCUCAAAUUCAAGAACUCACUCCAGCUGCUCACUGGAGAUACAUACCUGGAACUUCCAACCCGGCUGAGUGCGCAUCACGAGGCAUCACGACCACUCAACUUCAAAGCCACGCACUCUGGUGGACGGGACCACCAUGGAUACUCAAUUCAGACUUAUGGCCGUCACAACCAGCACUCUCUGAAGAAUUGAGUGCAACAGAAGCUCGCCCAGGCGUUUCGCUAUUGACGGCUACGCCAAGGACGGAAUAUCAAUGGGAACUCAUCUACAGGUAUUCAAGCCUCACUAAACUAUUGAGGAUUACAGCUCUCUGUUUCAGAUUCGUCUCACGGUUGAGGAAAGUCCACGACUCAUUGCCUGUCAGACACAUCUCUCCAGAGACCUUGGAGAAAGCGAGGCUCUUCUGGAUUCAGGCAACUCAAGCAACGCACUUCUCUCACGAGCUCAAGGCGCUACAAGCAGACUCACCGUUGGCAGUCAACAGAUUAACUGCGUACAUCGACGCUCAAAGAGUCAUUCGCGUCGGCGGACGACUCGCUCACGCAGCUUUUUCACUCGAUGCGACACAUACUGAAUUAUUGCCUCGUCACUCUCAGCUAUCAUCAUUGAUCAUCGCUCACGCCCAUCAACGGACUCUACAUGGAGGCACGCAGCGUACGCUGUCACACAUCUGA